UACUGAUGUCUAGUUUAGAUUUGUGUGAGAUAGUGUAUCAUUACUAUCAUCGUCUGUCACUUUCUGUGUAUCUAGAAAUUUUUUAAAUCAUAUUUUAUGGCUAAAACUUUGAUGGAAAUGACCACCCCUAGCUAAAAUGUCCUGACCUGACAUAUAUUUUAGCCAUUUUUUGGGAGAUACAAAAAGGAUCUAGAAAAUAAACAAUGGCUACAGCUUACAAGCCAGGAAUGGUCUCAGGGCUUCUCUUUGCUGGUAAUAAGAAGAAAGUACAAGAAACUGCAUUAGAAAAUCUCUUUUCAAAUUCCAGAAAUACUUCCUCUAUGAUUUCCAAGCCUCCAUUAGCAUCUACAGAUAACUUGACAUUAAGUGUAAAUAAAAAAAAAAGUUUAAAAAAAAAGAAACCCAAUAAUGGCACAGUAUCAGAGUCCAAGGUUGUCAACAAAGAAAGUCCUUUGAUAUCGACAGAACCGUUUCCUUAUGUUCAUGAGACACUGUUAAAAAAAGACGAUGCCAGUGCACAAAUAAAAAAAGGGGUUAAACGAAAACUUGAGACUAAUGACACAGACAAAGAAGAUGAUGAAGGAAAGAGGCCAAGAAGAAACCGCAAGAGAGACAAACAUGCUGACAGCAGGACACUUUUCAUAGGAAACUGUCCCUUGACGGCAGACAAAAAGAGUUUAAGAAAGUUGUUUAGAGAAUUUGGAGAAAUUGAGACUAUUAGAUUCAGAUGUGCUCCACCUGCAGACCCUAACUUACCAAGAAGAGCCAUUGUUAUCACGAAGAAUGUCCAUGAGCGCUGUAGUAACAUGGUGGCCUACGUUGUCUUUAAAGAAGAAGAGGCUGCCAAAAAAGCAUUAGUUAGGAACGGUUAUUUGUUAGAUGAUCUUCACCUCAGGGUUGACAUUGCAGCUUUGUCUAAAAAGCAUGACAAGAAAAGAUCUGUGUUUGUGGGAAAUUUACCUUUUACUAUAACAGAGGAGGCUAUCAGAUCUCACUUUGAAGACUGUGGGGAGAUAACAAAUGUUCGCAUUGUUAGAGACAGAUUGACCAGUCUUGGAAAAGGAAUUUGUUAUGUUCAAUUUGAGUCCAAAGAUUCUGUAAGCUUAGCUAUGAAGUUAAAUAAUUCAGAAUUGCAAGGGAGAAAGUUGAGAGUCAAUGUAUGUUCCAACAAGCAAAAGAAAAAAGAGCAAAAGGAAGCUAACAAGUCCAAAAAACCUGACUCUGAUGAGCCAAAAGUGAAGAAACUGAGUUUCUGUCCCAGCAACAAGUCCAAAGAAUCUUUCAAAGAACUACUGAAAUCAAAGAGGGAGAAAAGGUUUAGAAAACUGAAGAAAAAGAAAGAAAAUGCCAUGAAAACAGAUGGCUUGUCUUCCAUAUUUGGCAACACGGCCCCUGCUGCACCCAAAAUGAAAGGGAAAAAUUCUAAAGGCAAAACUCAAGCCAAAAAGUCCAACAAAACAUUGAAUGCUAAAAGAACUUUUCAAAAAAAAGUUAAAAAACAUUCUGGUGCUAAAAAAUAAAUUCACAAAACUUUGAAAAGUGUGCAGUUUUACUUUCAGCAUAUGUGGUUUUGAGUUACAGCAAUUAUAGUCAACAAUUUUAAAUAUUGUUUCAUUCUAGGCCAAAAUAAAAGGGAAAUUAGACAUCAUCUGUAUAUUUUUUUCCCUUUGUCUGUCCAACAUUGGUUGCUUAAAUUGUUUUAUGCCUAACCUGUACUCCACUAUUAUAAUUCUCAACCUGAACUAGACAUCACCUCUGUCCAAAACUCUCCAAGAGGUCUUUUUAAUUGAAGGUGGAGACUUAUUGUAGACUAUUACACCUGGAGACAUGCACUAAAUUGUUGUCACCAUAACUUAUGUUGUGUUAGUCAUUUGUCACUGGUAUAGUUUAUACCUGUUGUAAAAAAAGAAAUUACUUCCUUCACAUGGUGUAGUUGAAUGUACAAAUUCCGAAGUUGUCUCCCUUGUUGCAUUUAAAAACUCUGAAAUUUAUCUGCAAUUGUAUAGUGGUUACUUUGUUUACUUGUUGCUAGGUAACCAUGUUCUCUAGACACUUUUAAAAUGUACAACUCAUGGUGAAAUUGUAUCUACAUAUAAUUAAACAUUUUUUUAUUUUGGACUAGAA